AUGAUCAUUUCUGGAGGUGAGUUUUUUUUGGGUUUGCUUUGUUUUUGGUUUAGGAUCUCUAAUCAAGGUGGACAGGUUUGAUUUUCGACAUAAAUACGGAAAAUUUAUAUUAUCCAUGACAAAUUUGUGGUCGUUUUGUUAAUUUUUGACGUUUUUGCCCCAUUUUUUUUGUGGAUUUGGCAAUAAUAGACUUAGUUACAGCUUCUGGAUCUAUUUUCUCUUUAUUUCCUUGAAGAAAUUAUAUUAUCCAUGACCGAAUUUUUUGUUUUCUACUUUAUUUGAACUAACCACUGUUUCCAGAGCUUCUUAUACGAGCGACCCUUCGAUCUCAUCGACAUCUUUAUCUGAGUGCCUUAAUACGAACAGACAAUGUUAUUAAAGAUAAGAAGAAUAAGCUGUUCAAGGUAGCGCGAAGUCCCAGGCGGACGGUUACCUAUGAUGAGGAUAAGAUCGACGAAAUGCGUGCCAUGGCCGAGUUCCGGCUGAAACAUACGGAUUUAGCGCAAGUUUAUUUUUAUUUUUUCGAUUUGUUUGAAUUUUAGGUGAUAAUUUUACGAAAUUGGCUAUAACUCAUUGAGUUUACGUGGUUGAGAUGGAAAAUGAGUAUGAGUAGAGACAGGGGGAAUUUGGGAUGUUGUUUCGGCUAUAGUCUUGCUUCUGAGGUUCCGAGAUAUUAGAGGAAUGGAAAUUUUCCUAUUUUUAUCAGGUGUCAAGUAUAAUAUAAAGAUUUUUGCCUCAAAUUUUGUUCUUAUCCAUUUCCUCUUUUGUAUAAUGCAGUAUCUAUCCUUCAGUGACCUUCCUCAACCUGCGGAAUUUGGAGAUCAAAGCAAGAAACUUUACUACGUCCACGAUGUUAUGGCAAAAGCGAUUAAAGUAAGAUAAUUUCCAUUUUUCCUCUACUUUUAGGUCCAUGGAAGUCCCAGCGCUUUGUAUGCGAAGCAACGACAGAUCAUGCCCGGUCGUGAGCUAUCCGACGCCGAGCGGAUGCGACUUCGAAUGAAGGUUGAGAGCAAAACGAAAGGAACAGUUACAGCUGGAGCUGAUCGAGUAGUCGGCAUCGCCUUCGCAUUGAAUUGUUGCGACAUGAUUGGCAAAUUUACGGCGGCAUAUCUCACAGGGAGUAAGAGUUUGUUCGCGGAGGCGAUUCACAGCACCAUGGACACUUGUAAUCAGAUGAUUCUUCUGUUGGGUAAGGAGAAUAUAAUUUUUGAUUUUUUUUGUCAAUUUUAGAUCAAUAAAAAAUGAAUAGAGUAUCUGAAAUCCUGUUAAAUUCUAUUAGAAGUAUUUUUUCAGGCAUUCGAUACUCCUCGAAGAAUCCAGACCCCAACUUUCCGUAUGGCUAUGGUAAUAUGAGGUAUGUCUCAUCGCUGAUCAGUGGAUGUGGAAUUCUUGCAUUUGGAUGUGGUCUUUCAAUGUAUCAUGGGAUCAGUGGGCUGUUACAUCCAGGAGAACUUGAACCAAUGACUUAUGCAAGUUAUUUCUUUAUUUUUGGAUUUUCGAAUUUUAGGCUUACUAUGCACUGGGCAUGUCGUUCUGCUUCCAAGGAUGCUCUGGACUGACCGCAUACAGAGAAGUCAAGAGGAAAGCGGAUGGAGCCAAUAUGUCGUUGAUUAAUUAUGGUAGGAAUGUGAAUUAGGAGGUUUUUUAUAUAUUGUAGUAGAUAUCAGAUGAGAAAUUUUGGAUGGAAAUUGAGGUUAGUGCGUGUUAUAUGAUCUCACAUGGGGAAUUAUUAAAUAUUUUGCUCAGUAAAAGUUUUUGUAGCAAUUUAUUUUGUCUUCUUUACCACAAUAUUGCCUUUAUACAUAGGGUAAUAUAACCCUAUUUUUAGUCCGUUCCUCGGCCGAUCCAUCCCUCAAUGUAGUCCUAUUGGAAGAUUCAGCCGCCGUAGUUGGUGUCCUCAUCGCCACAAGCGCCGUUGCAACGUCUUCUCUUCUCAACUCGACAAUCCCGGAUAGCAUAGGAUCAAUUCUAAUUGGAUGCUUGUUAGGCACGGUGUCAUCAUUUAUCAUCCGAACAAAUGCAACACAUCUAGUCGGAAGAUCACUGCCAAAAAGAAUCACGGAUGACAUUGUAUGCCAGUUGGAAAAUGACCCAGUAAUACGAAGUGUUCAUGAUGUGAAAGCGACCUCUUUGGGCGUGGAGAAGUCCAGAUUCAAGGCUGAAUUGGACUUUGAUGGAGCGCAGAUUACGGAGAAGUAUUUGAGAGAAGAGUGUGAUACAAAGGAAAUGUUGGAGGUGAGAAUUUUGGGGAUUUUUUUGGAAUUUUUGGGUAUUUUGGGUAGUGUAAUAUAAAAUUCUGAUGAUUUUGAAAGGGAUUUUGGUGGUUUUCAGAUAGAAAUAGGUAAUAGAUAAGGGAUUAUAGUCUAGUCUGACAUUUAAAUUGGGUUUGGUUUAGUUUGGAAUUUUUUAAUUUUUUAUUUUCCUGGUCCUUUUGAUGAUUAGAGGUAUUUUGAAAAAAAAAUUUGGGGAAAAUUGAAGAUUUUUUGAAGGUUUUGUACCUGAAAAAGCAGUAUAAGGUAAAUUUUUGCGAAAAAUCUCAAAAAAAGUUGAAACUUACAUAUUUUUUGGAGUGCUAAGUUAAAAUGAAGGCUUCUUGAUGUCGCAAAUUAUUUUAAAUCACUAUUUUCAGGAGGUGAAACAAAUGGAAAACCCCGAAGAACUCGAGAAAUUCAUGGUCGUGCACGGCGAGAAAAUCAUUGACAAAAUUGGCGAUGAAGUGGACAGGAUCGAACAACGGAUCACAAGGAAAUACCCCGACAUUAGGCAUGUGGAUCUAGAAGCUUUGUAG